GAACUUUCACAAAAAUCACAAAUAUCAAAUAAAUAUUGUUUUUUUCCAUUCUGACAUUCUUCAUAUUUCUAAGUGAUGCAGAGGUGAAUGUGAAUUUGAUUUGAGAUUAAGAGGUUUUUCAGAUGGAGAAGAAGAGUUGGUUGUGGAAGAGGAAGCAUUCCGAUAGGAGUCCCGGUGAGACCGAAAGCUCUACGUCGGUAUCUUCGCAUUCCGAAACUAACUCUGAUGAAAAGGCCGAGACGGAGAGUUUUAGGAAAUCGAUGAACCAUUCACAAUCACCCGAAGUCACCUCAAGAGCAUCAACCCCAAACUCAGAGGUUAAUGACAGCUUUAAGAUCCUGACAGAAAAGUUAUCAGCAGCUCUUGUCAAUGUUGGUGCUAAAGAGGAUUUGGUUAAACAACAUUCUAAAGUUGCUGAAGAAGCUGUUGCAGGCUGGGAAAAGGCUGAGAAUGAAGUUACAACGCUAAAACAAGAGCUCGAGGCAGCUGUGCAGCAGAAUCUAGCUCUUGAAGUUAGGGCAAACCAUCUUGAUAGUGCUCUCAAGGAAUGUGUCAAACAAUUAAGGCUAGCAAAGGAAGAGCAGGAACAAAAAAUAAAAGAAAUUAUAGAAGAGAAAACACGUGAAUGGGAAUUGACUCAAAAGGAACUUGAAAUCCAGAUCUGUAAUCUCCAGGCAAAGUCACAUUCCAACAAACCCGAAUACCCUCCACCCCUUGAUCCAAAAGUUCUUCUAAAACUUGAGAGUUUAGAGAAAGAGUUCUCGAGCCUUAAGGUCAAGUUUAACGCCCAAUCAGAUGAAUUAGAAAUCAGGACUAUUGAGCGGGAUUUGAGCACACAAGCAGCAGAAACUGCUAGCAAACAACAGCUAGAAAGCAUAAAGAAAGUAGCUAAACUUGAAGCUGAGUGCAGGAAACUGCAAUCAUUGUCUCGUAAAUCGCCUUCCAGUAACAAUAACCAUAAAGCUGUUUCAGUUUCCUCGUUAUAUGUUGAUUCUCUUACUGACAGUCAACCAGUUGACUCGUUUAAAGUGAACAAUUUGGCGAAUAAUGAAGGCGAGCAAGAUUCUUGGGCAAUGGUGCUAAAUCCGCUAAUGGCUGAGCUUGAUCAAUUUAAAGGUGGAAAGUGUGUUGCAAAAAGUGUGAAACCUUGUUCAGUUGAAAUUAAUGAUAUAAUGGAUGAUUUCUUGGAAAUGGAGCGAAUUGCUUCGUUGUCAGAGGGUCAGAAUGAAACAUCCCGUUGUAAUUCUGAAACUGGAGAUAGUUCUUUGAAAACUGAACUUGAAGUAAUGGGUCAGCGGGUGUGCGAGUUGGAAGAGAAAUUAGAAAAAUUGGAAGCCGAAAAAUGUGAAUUGGAGAAUGCUCUAAAUACAUGUAAGGAAUCUCUUGCUUUGUCAAAUGCUGAACUAGCUCACACUAAGUUUCAAAUGGUUGACCUACAAAAGGAGUUGACCAUGGUUAAUGAGUCUAAGGAGUUGCUUGAGUCUCGACUUCUUAAAAUGGAGACAGAGGCCCGAGUCAUGUCUACAGAAGUUAAUUCGAUGAAGGCAGAUGUUGAGAAGGAAAAGAGUUUCUCGUCUGAGAUGACAAAUAAAUGUGAACAACUAGAGAAAGAACUGGUGAAAAAAACUGAGGAAGUUAAGCUUCAGCAGGUUGCUGCUGCAAAUGGAGAAUUGAAAGUUAAACAGGAUCUUGAAGUAGCAGCAGCUGAUAGACUAUCUGAGUGCCAAAAAACAAUAUCAUCACUUGCUCGACAGCUGGAAUCCUUGGCAACACUUGAAGACUUCCUAAUCGACACUGCAAAUCUCCCUGGCUUUUCUGGAGGAGCAACUGUUGCAAAAACUGGGGUCGAGCUAUGGAAGUUACAUUCCAAUGACACAUUCAUGCCUAAAAAGACUCUUAUCCCUACAAAUCAAGCUGAAAACAACUGCAGUCCUUUAAUAAACGGUGAUGAUGCUGAGUCACCAGUAUCGUCUUCUUCAUCAACUUCAUCUGCUGUCUCGUUAAACCAUUUUGGUGGUAAUAGUAAAAGUAAGAAUGGUUUUGAAAAGCUGUUCUCAAGGAGUAAGAAUGGAGUUCAAGGUGAAGGCCGUUAAGGAUAAAAGACAAUGCUUUGUGUCGAAUACUGGUGAAGCGACUGCUGAUUAAAUGCUGUUUAGUUGCAGUGAGUUUGUUAGACUAUUAUAUUGUUUUUUUCAACAACUGAAGUCAUCACAUGCUUGUGCAAUCUGCAUCAUAGUUAUUUGAUGCCUGAAGUUGAGGGAUUCUUUAAAGAGUUAUGGAAAUUGGAUAAUCAAAAUUUAUUAAUAGUGGCCAAUAGAGUGCAUUUGCAUUCA